AAUAAUUCCUUAUUAGGAAGCGCCACCUCGAUUUUCUCAACGGCGCGUUGUUUCUAUAAUCUCAGGUAAUACGGUAUGUACCCAGACAGGCCCCAGGGUACAACAGUGAAGUACCCAUGUAGGGCCUAAGUACUUAACGCAACUAAGUGGACAACGCGUGGUGUCCGCCCGUGUCAACUCGACGCCGAUCAGCCCCUCCAACCGUUUCAUUCGAAGCUCAUGAUUCCGCGCUCACCAUCCUGCAAUACUACACUACUACGACAACAGCUACCUAAGUUUACAUCAAGCUUCGAUAUAUCCACAUCCAAGGACGAAGCAGCUCCUGUUUCAACCAGAUAAACACCAUCGAGUGAGGAUACCGUAUGGCGCGACUUACUCAGGGACCCAUCACGCCUCACAGAAGCGUGUCCAAUCCCGACUCGCUAACGGACCUUACCCGUCUGCUCAGUCGCUUACAACAGAGUAUUCUACACGCCGACGCCGAGCGAGAGCGGAGCCUGCGAACGAGCGAGCAUGAGCGCAACAAGGCUGGUAUAAACCUUGAGUACGCUCGCACUCUCCUCACCAAGUUAGAACAGGAUGCGUUAGCUAUCAAAGUGCACUCGAGGAGAGUGGAGAUGCAGGCCGACCUGAACCAGAAACGAGACAUAUUCGAACAGCUUGUGGAGAGAUUGCGCGAGCUCGACGACAUAAGCAUAGACAGCGACGAAGAUGACAGUGACGAGGGCGAGGACUUGUUAGGAGAUAUCAUUCCAACUCCGAGUCAGAGCUCUGACUCGAGAUCAGCCGACCAUAUCCGCGACGAGUUAGGAGACGUGCAGCAACAAGAAAGUGAAGAUUGUGAGGGCGAGUCGACUAUUUUACCUGAACCAAAGCAAGCAGCGCCUCAACCAAUGCCUACUAAGCAAGCCUCGCCAUUAAUAGUACCUGUGACAGCUGCCUCGCCAACACUGCCUCCCGAGCCGCAUGCUACAACCACAAUCACGUCACCCACACUUCGUCCUCGCGGAAGCGCAAUCGCCGCACAAAAAGCCCCAGUAACAGACACAGCAACAACAACCAGUGCGCUACGCUCUCAGCUCCUCGGUGCUGCCGCAGCCUCGUCCACAACCACAGCUACAACAACUGCGACGGCCGAGGCAAUAUUAGACCACCAUCGUGCGGAGCAAGACAAGCUGACUGAGUCCAUGGUCUCAAUGGCAAAAGCGUUAAAAGCGUCCACGCAUGCCUUCUCGACGGCGCUGCGCGAGGACCAAGAUGUGUUGGAGGGUGCAAGUAAAGGGCUUGAUCGCAACGAGCGAAACCUCGAUGGUGUCGCAGGACGCAUGGGGAGCCUGCGCCGUCUCACCGAGGGUAAGGGCUGGUGGGGCCGCAUGAUCCUAUAUGCGUGGAUCGCGGGGCUCGCCGUCUUCGCAGUGUUGCUGGUCUUUGUGUUUCCGAAGCUCAGAUUUUGAUUAGCAGAUUUUGAUCAGCAAAUUGUCUCUAAGUAGGGCAGAUCAUUGGAAAUGAGUGUCUGACGAGCAUAGUACCAAGUGUUACUGAUGGCAGGGUCAGAGACCCAAACAAACGUAAAGUGUCAGGUUAGCAUGCAUGUGUUACAACGGCGGGAAAUGACUGAUGACUUGACGAGAUGUAUGUACGUCGAUAUUGUAUGGUCUCAUACAGCGCAAUGCGUCCUGGUUGAUAGGAUGUGAGGAGGGAAUGCUUCUAGUGAAAUCUACUUCCAUGAGGAUGAUGCUGCCUACGGCUUGCGGCGAUCUUGUUUCUCUUCAUCGUGAUUAGCUCAGGAACCAUACCUGUACAUGGAUGCACAUCAAACCUAGGAAUCUAUGAAGACAUCUAAACCCGAUAUGUUCCUCCUCCAUUUUGGUAUGAAUAUAAGUAUAGAGCCCGUAUAUCGA